AUGGCGCCCCUACCCACACAGAGCGCCAUGCGGCUCUUUCGAGCAUAUACCCCGGCCGCGAGGCUGACGACGAGAUGCCUAUCGCAGACGGCACAGCGACGGCUAGGCGAACCCGACCCGCGAGCUAUCCCGGACGUCAAAGCUAUGCAGAUGACCGAAGACCAAGCCUCGAUGGUCGAGGUCGACCACAAGCCUGAACCCUCUGUCGAGAAAUAUCACCCCGAGCACCAGCCCGAUUAUACCGCGAUGGUCGACCACGGAACAUCGACGUAUUCUCCCGUUCCGAGGAGGGUGAUGAACGGGAGUGAGCCCGGGCACGUCACGCCCGCGGCCGUCUUGUCUGGAGCUCCCGUGGACCUACAGGCUCGCACAGUCAGGAUUUACAAACCAGUCAAACCCGCCACUCAGUCUGGCACCUGGGGCUCCCACGCCUGGCGGAUGGACUGGGACGUGCUGGGAAAGGGCCACCGGUGGGAGAAUCCCCUGAUGGGGUGGCAGUCGUCGGGCGACUUUAUGCAAGGCACCAAAGUCACCUUCCGGACGAAAGAGGAUGCGAUUGCCUUUGCCGAGAAACAGGGUUAUGAGUGGUACGUGCAGGAGCCGCAGGAGAGGAGGUUCGUGCCCAAGGCGUACGCGAAUAACUUCUUGCACGAGCCCGGGAGGUUGAAGCAUAUCAAGACGAAAUAA